UCGUCCUCGCGGUGGUGUUUCUGUAGAAAAGCACGUUUCGUAAAUGCGUUGCUAUUUGUAAAACCCCAGGAAACAACUUAACUAACCAUGAGUGAAUCGUACAUGUCGGAAAGCGAGGAAGAAGAUGCCGGUGGUGAUUUCUCGGCCAGCGAAGACGAGUGGUUGCCGGAAAAAUCUACUGGUGGCAAAAAAAUAAUCCAACAACCGGGAAACAACGAUGAUUCCGAUACCGAUAGUGAGGACUCGCUUGCCGAGGAACCUUUUUCUAAAAAGAGCCAAAAACGCCCAGGGACGGCUUCCACGAGGCGCAAAAGCGCUGGAACCGCAGGAGCCAAUACCUCAAAGACAAACACUCCAGGGUCGAAGCGCGCGGUUACCAAGCGACCGGGAGAUGAAUCCGAAAGCAGUGGCGAUGAGUACCUGGUUGAUCCAACAAAGCUGGACUUUAAUUCAAAGUUUUUCGAUAAAUUGGCACCGGCCCCAACACCCCUGGCCAAUCUGAAGACGGCUCCACAGUUAGUCGGCACCGUUGGUCAUCUGUCGGACAGUUCCGAGUCCGAAUGUGAGGACCGGGCGGAGCAACGUAAAACGGAUCAGCCACCAGCUAAUGGCGAAAGUGGAGGUGGGAAACAGUUGAUUGCGAAAAUCAAUCAAAUGUCGCAGGCGUACGCGAAUUUUCAGGAUUUUACAAACACACUGGAAAUGGCCAAAAACCACCUAAAAUCCGUGACGGCUCAAGCGAAUCAGACGCAAUCGACAGAUCAAGGAUCGGCUGGUACCGCGAUCGAUGUCUCCAACUUGCUAGCUUUGGGUGAAGCGAAUGUUAAUCUCGAAGAGGUAAAGCAAACGGCGGCAGCUGGCAAACGGAAGAAAGCUCCAACGAAAGGAAAAAACAGUAAAAAACCGAUCGAUUCGGAUUCCGAUUGGGAGGAGGUAGAGGAGCAAGAACAGACGAGUACUCCAUCAGCCACUCCACAAUCGGUGCAAAUUACAGUCGCUCCGGAGGCGGGUACUGCCCAACGGAAGCGUAAAUGCACCGAAGUGGACGUGGAGGUUUGCAUCAAGCGUAUGAUCAAUCGGGAUAAACGUGACGCACAGCUCGUGCUGCACAAAAUGACGAUCAUCAUGGGCAUAGCACACGGUAACUACACCAACAGUGUGCUAAACGAUCCAACGCUCCUGGCAAUCGGAACCGCCCUAAUACCGUCGGAACGUUGCUACCCGAAAGGGCCAACGGAUGUAGAUUAUUUCCGGCAAAUCAUGACGUUUUUCCGAGAGAUUAUUACACUGAAAAGUACGCGAUCAUUCAGUCGGCCCUGGAAGCGGCUAUCAUUGCAGGAAACGCUCCGUUUGCAGCUUCUCUCGCAGAUGGCAAACUGUAAGCGAGAUUACGUGCUGAUGUUCAUCAUACUGCUUCGAUCGAUUGGCAUCCACUGUAGGAUGGUAGUGUCGCUGCAGGUGGCACCAAAGAGCGUUCCCAGUGCGGAGCUACUGAAAGUAUCUGCGACCAAAGGCGGCAAGAAGGUGAAGGUAUCGGAGAAAACAAAAGAUACCAUCGCAAAGGAGCACGAUUACGAACCGCCAAAAAAAUCCACCUCGAGUCGUAAACGUAAAGCAGCCACAGUGACCAUACCACAGCUCGACGGGGCCGAUGAAGUAUCGACGAGAGGCAGGCAGUCCAGCUCUAAAGGACGCACCAAACAGCAAACACGUGGUAGCCAAAAGGAAGCAGCCAUUUCCAUUCCGACAGAUAACGGAAUUUCUCCAAGAAAAACUCGUGCUAAACGAUUGGAGGAAACUCAACGUAAGCAUGAUCCCUCCAAUGUUACCAAAACGUUAAAGGCACCUUCGAAAUCAUCCUCAGUUGCAACACCACUAUCAACACAAGGCAGCGAACCCUCUAGUUCAAAGAUGGUGCGAAGGGAUUAUGCUAAAACCCCGCCCAGUCAUGCACUAGGCAUUGCACCAACGGAACCUUCGAAAAGUAUUGCGAAAGUAAACCAAUCCGCUAUCGUAAAAGAAGCAAAACGACCCCAGCCCAUACCUCAGCCCUCGCCUGCGCCGAAAAUUGUAAAGAUCGAACGGUUCAGCGCUAAAACGAGAGGAGCACUCGAUCGUUGUGUGCUAUCUACGGACGAUGAGCAUACGCCGGAACCAUCGGGAACGAACAAGAAGGGUUCGAAAGCAGUUAACAUGUGGGUAGAGGCUUAUUCCGAAGUUGGAAAACGCUGGGUUUCAAUUAAUGUACUGUCCGGUGCAUUGCCGAGUCCCAAACAGAUCGCUGACGAGCUUAGCUCGAAACCUAUGCUAUACGUAUUCGCGUGGAAUAAUGACGGGUCCAUUAAGGAUGUGACGGCACGAUACUCUUCCGAGGCCGUGUCCGUCCAGCAGAAGUUGCGCAUAAUGCAACAGUGGAUAGACGAUACGUUGCUCCAGUUCCGCCCAGAACGUACUGCGCGCGAUAUUGCUGAAGAUCGCGAACUAAACGGCAUUCUCGAGUCACGGCCACUACCGAAAACGAUUGCCGAGUACAAAUGCCAUCCGAACUUUGCUCUCAAGCGUCACCUGCUUAAGUUCGAAGCCAUCUAUCCACCGGAUGCACCGACUCUCGGUUUCACGUCGAACAAAGAACCGGUGUACGCGCGGGAGUGCGUGCAUACCCUGCAUUCCCGGGAAAUCUGGCUCAAGCAGGCACGCACUGUGAAGCUGUACGAAACGCCGUACAAAGUCGUAGCCGGUCGACCAAAGUACGAUAGGUCCUCUGGCCAGAUGUUACCCUCACAACCGGUGGAACUGUUUGGUAUGUGGCAGACAGAAGAAUACGACCCACCGACGGCAGAGGACGGCAUUGUGCCACGGAAUGCGUAUGGCAACGUGGAGCUCUUCAAACCCUGCAUGCUGCCAAAGAAAACGGUUCAUCUACGAUUGCCCGCUUUGAAUAGGAUUUGCAAGAAACUGAGUAUCGACUGUGCACAGGCCGUCACUGGUUUCGACUUUCACGGUGGCAGCAGUCAUCCGGUAUACGAUGGGUUUGUGGUAUGCGAAGAAUACCGCGAUCUGGUUGUCGAUGCAUGGCAUGAGGAGCAGGCAGCGGAGGAGCAACGGGCCCGCGAGAAGUACGAAAAGCGCGUGUACGGAAACUGGAAGCGAUUGAUCAAGGGUUUACUGAUACGUCAGAAGUUGCAACACAAGUACAAUUUCGACAACCUUAGCACGUAGAACGGCGCAACGCAGAGUGAGUGUUUUCAUCGAAAGCUUUCGGAAUAGAUUUUGUUCAUUC